CCUAUCACUGCCAACUGUCCAGUCACCACACAAUCGUUGAGUUAACCGGUCUUCGUUGUAGUCUAUCUUCUAAGAGCACUUAAAAUGGCCCAAAUUGGUAAAACAUUUGCCACCCGCGCUUGUUCCCUGGCCAAAGCUGCAAACGGCCACAGCAUCCGGUUUUAUUGCAGCGCAUCACCAAAAGCCUUUGAAUUUAUCAAAACCGAAUUAGCUGGUGAAAAGAAAAACGUUGCUCUGAUUACACUAAAUCGUCCGAAAGCUUUGAACGCUCUUUGCAAUGGCCUGAUGAACGAGGUAAGCCAAGCUCUCGAUAAGUUUGAAGCCGAUGAUAGCAUUGGAGCGAUCGUUAUUACUGGAAGUGAAAAGGCAUUCGCAGCUGGUGCGGACAUUAAGGAGAUGCAGAACAAUACGUAUGCCAAAUGUAUCACCGGUAACUUUUUAAAUAACUGGACUCGUGUUGCGAAAACCCAAAAGCCAGUUAUUGCCGCUGUCAACGGUUACGCAUUGGGCGGUGGAUGCGAAUUUGCUAUGAUGUGUGAUAUUAUCUACGCCGGUGAUAAGGCUAAAUUCGGACAGCCGGAAAUAGCGCUAGGUACAAUCCCCGGUGCUGGUGGUUCUCAGCGUACAGCACGUGUUAUGGGUAAAUCCAAGGCAAUGGAGAUGUGCCUUACUGGAAACAUGAUCAAUGCCGAAGAGGCUGAACGUUCUGGUCUCGUAAGCAAAGUUUUCCCAGCAGACAAAGUCGUUGGCGAAGCUAUUAAGUUAGGUGAAAAGAUUUCUACUUUUUCACCAUUAAUCGUACAACUAUGCAAGGAAGCCGUAAACACCGCCUUCGAAACUACCCUCAAUGAAGGGUUGAAGUUUGAAAGACGUCACUUCCAUGCGACUUUCGCAACCAAGGACCGCCUCGAAGGUAUGACCGCUUUUGUUGAAAAGCGUGCACCGAAUUUUACUAGCGAGUAAAACACCAUUUCAACAACAACAAAACUCAAGAUAUGUCUGUUAUGAGGAGUACGGCAGUAUGAUAAGCCAAGCAUUUAAUAGUGUUUAAAGAUUUUUUUACCAGAUGCAUUUUUCAAAUUGCUUACAAGUGAAAACUAUAAUAAAACAAAAGAAAAGUCUUCCAAGCAUA